AUGGUUAGAGAGAGAUUGAACGCCAUUGAUGUUGCAAUUUCCGUUGCAAAUUUGAAGAAAACACUCGACAACAUUACCCUUGUGAACAUAUACGAUAUCACGAACAGACUGUUCAUACUUAAGUUCUCCAGAAAUGAAAAUAAAAUAUAUGUUCUUAUCGAAAUAGGCUGUAGAAUCCACACAACGCAGUUUCUGAGAUCGGUGGACCACCUUCCCUCAAAUUUUAACGCAAAGCUGCGCAAGCACCUGAGAAACCGGAGGCUUAGAGAUGUGAAGCAGAUGUCACAAGACAGGAUCAUCGACUUCACCUUUAGCUCGGAGGAGCACGCAAUGCACCUGAUCGUGCAGCUGUUCCUGCCAGGGAACAUAUACCUCACGGACCACGAGUACAAGGUAUUGGCAGUGCUGAAGCCGAAGAACACAGGAGAUAACUUCUUUAAAGUGGGAACGAACUAUGUGUGCGACAUGGAGUAUAAUUCGUGGUUCGAGCCAGUAAAAAGGACACUGGUGGAGGAGUUGGUGAUGGGAAAUAAGUUGACGGACCUGGUGAAGACAAUUUUCCCAUCGAUCCACAACGGGUUCAUACUCUCGGUGUUGAAAAUGAAUGGGAACGCAGAAGAAGAUGUGAAGAAGUUGGAUAGAGUGUACGCAAUGGAUGAGCUGGAUGUGGUUUACGAGUACGUUGAGGCAGUGAGGCAGUGUUUGGUGGGCCUGUUGACGAGGAAGGACAUAGUUCCAGGAUACAUAUACAGGAACGCAAAGGGAGUCAUGGACGAUUUUGGACCGUUUGAACUGCAGAACGCAGAGUACCACGAGGAUUAUAACUACGCACUGGACGCAUUCUUCACGAAGAAUGAGCUGGUGAAGCAGGAGAAGAAAACGGAGAGUAAAAAGCCAACAAAGCUGACGAAAAUUAAGGCAGAUCAAGAUAAACGUGAGUCGAAGUUGAUGGAGGAAAUCAUGGGAUACGAUAAGCAAAUAAGAGUUCUGGAAGAAAACAUAGAUAUCGUGGACAACUGCCUUAACCUGACGAAGGCGCUGAUAGCAUCAGGAGCGUCCUGGAACGACAUAUACGAACAGCUGCAAAUACAGAGGAAGCAGAACCACCCGUUGGUGUGUUACAUUAAGGAGAUAAAUAUACCGAACCAGACGCUGGUGUUUGUGAGUAACCCAGAGGGGAAUGAGAGAGACGAUGAACCGGAGAGGAAGGAAUUGGUUGAGGAGCAGGUGGUAGUGUUGGAUUAUAGGCUCACGGGGUACCAGAACCUUAAGAAGUUCUACAUCAACAGGAAGAAGGCGGAAAAUAAGCUGGAGAGAACGAAGAUAGGAAAGGAGUAUGCACUGAAAAAGGUGGCAAAGUCGCUGAGUAAGCAGCCAGAAGUUAAGAAGGGCGACAGAAGAACGAGAGAAGUUAAAAUAAGUAGCCUGAGAAAGAGGUUCUGGUUUGAAAAGUUCUACUGGUUUAUAACGAGUCAAGGAUACCUGGUGCUGGCCGGAAGAGACUCGCUGCAGAACGAACUCCUGGUCAAAAAGUACCUGACGAAGGGAGACCUGUACUUCCACGCGGACAUACACGGAGCGUCGUCAGUUAUCCUGAAAACGAACUCGCAGGAGCUGAUAAAGUCAAGUGAAAGCGCAGAGGUAAGCGAAGUGGAAAAGGCAGGAGGAAGAGGGAACGAAGAAGAGUUCAUAGCAAAGAUAAGAGUGUCAAUAGAGGAGGCGGCAAACUUUGCAGUGUGCCACAGUAACGCAUGGAACGACAAGUUCUCAGUGCAGAGUUGGUGGGUGUACUGGCACCAGGUGUCGAAGACGCCACCGACAGGAGAGUACGUGCCGCAAGGAUCCUUUGUGAUCAGAGGAAAGAAAAACUACCUGCAGCCGCAGAAGCUGGAGAUGGGAAUAACGUACCUGUUCCAAGUGCAUCCGUUCCAGACACUAGAUAACCAAGAGGAGGCGGAGUUGGCAGCGAAGGAAGAAGCAGGGAAUCAUGGCGUGAAUGAUGAAAGGAAUGAGCAGGAGGAUGAGGAGGAUGAGCAAGUUGGACAGGGAGGGGAAGAAGUGGGUGAAUAUUCCAGUACCGAUGAUGUGGAGGAAGAUGAGGAAGAUUAUAUGGAACAGGAAAAUGAAGAUUAUGACGAUGACGAAAUAAAUCAGAGAGAAUAUGACGAGGAAGAAAAUUAUAUGGAAGAUAAUUAUGAAGGGGAAGAAGAGGAUGAGGAGGAUAUGGAUGGAGCUCUAGAUCAAGAAGGGGAGUCUGUAGAUAGCGUAGACGAAGAAGACGAGGAGGAUACUUAUGAAGUAGAUGAAGAUAUUAACGACAACAUAGACCACGAGGAUAAAUCGGUUAGAAUGGGAAAUGUAGUUACAAUUGGGGAGUGUGAAGCUAACAUUGUAAAGAGGACGAGAGGUAGGUUGGCAACAGCAUACCCGCUGAAAGCACAGCUUAAUAAGCUCAAAGAUAGGCUGGAAAUGCUUAAUUUGACGAAGUCGUCAGGAGAUGAUGAGGAAGAGGAAGAGGAAGAGGAAGAAGAGUCAUCAGACGAGGAAGCUGGUAGAACAGUGAAGAUAAUGGAGCCAGAAAGAGUCUCACACACAGAAGAAGCAAUUAGGAAAAUUCGACAGAGAAAAGCAACAUGCGUUAGUCCGAACCUGUCAGAACUGAGGAAGCUGAUCAACUCAGAGAACAAUAAAAUGGACUCUGACGAAGAAGAGGAGGUGGGAGAAGAGGACGAAGAAGAUGACGACGGAAGCAGCGCAAGCAUGGGUGGGCCGAAAGGGGCUGCGGUAAAGGUGGCCUUGAAGGCCGAGCACGAGUUGAACGUCAAGAAGAGCAGUAACAGGGCAAUGAGGCUAAUGAGUCAGAAGGCAAGCAAGGUGAAAAAGAAGUACGCACAAGACGACGAGGAAACGCAGGAACUGAGGAGAAUGUUGACGGGAUCGAAGAAGAUGAAGCAGAGGACUGGGGCGGCAACGAAGACGAGCUUCCAGGUGGGCCCAGUGACCACGGACAGGGCGAAGGAGAGCAGGCUCAAGGGCAGGGACAAGGAGAUACCGACGAUCAGCGACAGGGAGCUGGAGACAUACAUGAAGCAGCUGUCGUGCCUGAGCAGAGAACUGAAGGAGGACGACGACGUGCUCAGCGUCAUUCCGAUGUGCGCGCCCUACUCGGCAAUCAAACACUACAGGCACGUGCUGAAACUGGUGCCGGGCAACGCCAAGAAGGGCACAAUCGCAACGCAGUCGCUGCAGCACUUCGUCAAAAACGACGCGCAGAACGCGCACUACCUGAAGCUGAUAACGACGGACCAGCUGACGCUGACACUAAUAGGAAACUGCAAGUUCACAAACGCAAAAAUGUAA